ACUUUCCUCUUGAGGUCCUGAGAGUCAUUGCCUGCCAGGGAUAUGCACAGACUCCCAAAGUGCCCAGAAAGAGCUGAGAGAGCUGUUCCUUUCACUCUGUCUUCCUGAGACCUGUUCAGUGGCUGUCUGUGGAGUCCAGGGGAGACUGCACACUGAUCUCAGGCGCUCUCAUGGGAUACAGGACUCCUCCAGAAGGAAACAUCCCAGGGCCCAUGUUGGCAAUAGCCAGCUUUUUGGAGGAAUUCACUGUAGACCUAGCCACCACAGCUCCAAUGAUGAUCACAGCUCCAAAGACAACCAGAGCAGCAAUGAUUACCAUGUUAGAGUCGGCGGAUGGAGGAGGCUCUGGGAAGGAUGUGAAGAGAACAAGGGAGCUGAGAGAGGGUUGUUCCUCAAACGACAUCACUUACCUGAGUGUUGCUGAGUUUCCUCCAACAAUCUGUGGAGUGUCUCUACGCAUGUGCCCUCUAGGUAGGCCUUGUAUUCCUCUGCCACUCCAGCCUCCUCCCAUUUGUGUUGAGUGAUCUGAGCCACUGCAUCUGCUGCGGUCCAGGAGCUCAGGUCCUCGUUCAGGGUGAUGUAAUCGUGGCCAUCAUAGGCAUGUUGAUAGUGCCCAUGUAGGAACUGACCGUCUGGCCCCACGUAGCAUCCGUGCAUAUCCUGGAUAGUGUGGGGACCUGGCCCGGGCAUGAACACAGUCCCGCCCAUGUUCAGGCACAGUCCUCAAACCUAAAGCAAAACUCAGGCACCCACAGCGGGUCCCAUAUCCCUUCAGUGAUUUCGUGAGGGGACGUGACCUCCGACACUCGAGGGGGGUCACUUACCGUCCUGACUCUGGUUGUACAGGUGGAGUAGGUUCUGAAGGCAAGUCCGGAAAUUCUGGGUGUGCUCCUUGAAUUUCCGCGUCUCCUGCUCCCAAUAUUCGGGCUCCAUCUGUUCCACCCAAGGCUUGCAUGGCUCGGCCCUGGGAUUCUCAGAGUCGCUGUCGAAGCGCAUGAACUGCGUGUCGUCCACGUAACCCACAGCAGUGAACCGGGGCUCCCUGAAGCCGGGCCGGGACAUGGCAGUGGCAUAAUACCUCAGCGAGUGUGAGCCUAGGGGAGGAGCGACGUGAGACCCCCGACCUCCUCUUGGGACCCUGGGAGGGUGUGCAGACCUGGAGAUGAGCAGGACUGGGGCUCUGAGAAAGGGCUGAGACAGGACAACUCGCUUUCCAAGUGCCACCAAGAACCUCCCCACAAAGGCCCUUUCCCUCGCGACCCCCACUCACUCUUGCCCGCUUGGGUCGAGGCCAGGGCGGUCACCAGCAGCAGGAGAAGUAGAGGGCAACUCGUAAGGGUCCCCAUCCUGGGAUAGGGAGGGCUCAGGACAGUGAUAUAAAUCCUGGACUUGGUAUCUUGCAAUCACAGCUACUUUUCCUUUUCUAGGAACCUCCUCCCAAUGGGCCUGGGAGGUGCUGCUGCAAAAAACUAUCCCCAGGCAGGAAAACUGCCAAUGACAGCAAGAGCAAGAUGUGAAACCAACUCAAGCCCUGCCCUCAGCCCAGCUCUCAGCCCCGUCCUCCUCAGACCUCUACUUAUAAAGCCACUUCUGAGGACUUGGGACUUUGUCCUGACUCCUCCU